GCUAUAGAGAGGUUAAAUAUCAAGGCAAACUUCUGGAGAGAUUUAAUUACUGAUGAACCAUUUAUUAGAAAAGAGCUUAUUACAAUACAGGACCCAUCAAAUCUUGAUAAAUUCAACAUACAGAAGUUUUAUUAUGUGAAAAACAAUUUAAAGGCGGGAGAAGAAGAUGAAGAUGGGGGUAGCAGAGGCAGUACAAGUAAACUGAAGACUGUGAACGCUGAGACACAAGAUAUCCUAGAGACACUAGAGAAGGAAUAUCAGGCCCCGGAAAAGAAACCGGAGAUCAAGAGAAAAGCUGACAGAUUUAAUUCUGCCCAUUACUCCACAGGAGCAGUUGCAGCAUCAUUCACCUCAACAGCUAUGGUUCCAGAGACAGAACAUCAUGCUGCUAUCAUUGAUGAGGAUAUUAUAAGGUAUGGGAGAUUAAAGAAGAAAGGAUAUGUACGUAUUGUUACAAACUACGGUCAACUCAACAUUGAGCUUCACUGUGAUAUGGUGCCAAAGACUUGUGAGAAUUUUAUCAAGUUAUGUAAGAAGGGAUAUUACAAUGAUACAGUGUUCCAUAGGCUUAUCAGGAAUUUCAUGAUCCAAGGAGGGGAUCCUACAGGUACUGGCACAGGUGGAGAAUCAUGUUGGGGAGGUAGUUUUAAGGACGAGUUUAAACCCAAUCUUACACACGCAGGACGAGGUAUUCUCAGUAUGGCUAACUCAGGACCGAACACGAACAAAUCUCAGUUCUUCUUAACAUUUAGAUCUGCUAAACAUUUGGAUGGGAAACAUACUGUGUUUGGAAGAGUAGUUGGUGGCUUAGAAACUCUAGAUGCUGUAGAGAAGAUAGAUGUGGACAAGAAAGACAAGCCUGUUAAAGAGAUAAAGAUUGAAGGAUGUGCUGUGUUUGUUAACCCCUAUGAAGAGGUCGAUGAAGAGUUGGCUAAGGAGAGAGAAGAGGAGUUAAGUCGACAGGCACAAGAAGAUGCCGACAGAAAGAAGCCCAAGAGUAAAAAGGAGGAGCCCAGUUUUGUGCCAAAGUCAUUUACAUCAGGGGUUGGCAAAUAUAUUAAUCCAAGUACUUUGAAAAGACAUACCACAGAUGAUUCUGAUUCCAGUACAGUAACUGCAAAGAAAAAAGUGAAGGCAAAAUCUAGUUUGAGUGACUUUAGUUCAUGGUGAACUGAUUUAUUUAUAUACAUAUAUAAUAUUUGUUGUAAUGAUGAAAUUCAUGCACUGUGCAUCAUUUGUAAUUUUCAUACCAUAAUAAAAUAUUUUAUCAAUAUAUGUA